AUGGACCGCCCUCAACUCCAUCGACCGGAGUCCGUUAAGUUCAGUUAUGGAAGAGUUGGCCAGUACCGAAGGUUUCAGCAACCUCGAGGGAGAAACAGCUUGUUCAAAAGGAAGGGGAUUGAAAGAUGGCAUAGAGCUGUGUCUCCCAACUUGGUAAAACAAAAUGUAUUGGUCCCCAAAGAGGAAUCAUCUAGUGGCAGCGACAUGGAAUUCCAUGGAAGCCAGCAAAGUCAAAGAAAAAGUGUGAUGAGGAAGGUGAAGACCUUCGUCGGGAGGAUGCUGUCACCCCGGCACAGACACAAGCCAGCCGGUUCUGGCGCCACCAGCCCUCAGGACGCCCUCCUUCCCCACCCGCAGAGCCUUCUUCCUGGAGGGGCCCAGGAGCUUCCACCGCCCAGGCUCCUCUCCACACGGAGGACGAGAAAACUCUCACAGAACGCAGCUCUACAACUAGACGUGGUAGAAGCAGAGACGGAGGAGAUAACCCGAGGAAGCACACUGCUCCGGGCCAGGACCACCAGGCGGCUGUCUGUGACAUCCCUCCCUGCAGGGCCGCACAAGGUUCCAUACUCCUCAAAAAAGAGACCACACUUUCCAGCACUUAAAAAGAAGAAACACGGCACGAAAAAUAUCCUCCGAAAACCAGAUUUGACAGUAGGGAAGCUUCAAAUGCAGGUGGAUGACCUCAUAGAAACAGUGACUGACAAGUCCAUGAAGUUACUGGCCCAAAGGCACGCCGAGCUUCAACAGUGCGAGUUUCUAGGGGACGAAAUUCUUCAGUCUUCUAAGCAGUUCCAAAGGAUUUCCAAGAGAACCAUGAGGAAGUAUAAAUUGAAAAAUGUGUGUUUCCCAUGUACCUGCUGUUGCUUCUGA